AUGGCGGCCCCGCGAACGCGGACGGGCAGCGGCGGCUCGAGCAACGACUUCAACUUCAGGGCAGCAGGAUCAAAGACCGAAGCAGCCAUAAAGGAAAUGGAGCACGGAGUGCACAAGUUCUUCACUGGCAUGGAGGAGUCCCUGAGCAAGAUCACCAGGCCCAGUUGGCUUGGCGGUGGCAGUGGCCCUUCCAGACAAGCUCCCGCACCACCAGUUGUGCACACCAAGCAGGAACACCCCACACCGACCCCAAGUGGUGAAGAUGAUAGCACCAUGCGGCACCACUGCGCCGCUUUGGAGCGAUUAGUGGAAAUGGGCCUCUCGCCCCAGGCAGCGAAGGUUGCCGUCCGACAUUUGGACAGCUGGCUGGUCAGCGAGGAUGGUCGAUCGGAGAUGGCCGUGGCGGAAGCAGAAGCAACCAGCACGGGAGAAGCAAUCUUGCAUGCCUGCACCAACGGCAUGUGCUGUACUGAGAUGGGCACGCUGGAAGCUUACGGUGCUGAAAGCCACCGCUGGAAGGUUCGUUUGACAGAUGACCAGGUCUUUUGGAUCAAGCCGAAAUUGCUUCGGCCUUUGAAGAUGCUGCGGAUGCCGCUGCCUUUGCCAGAUCCGUCACCGCCCGAGCACACAACAGGCGAAGACGAGCAGGCACUGGGAGCCUUGGAAUCUUUGCAGCUGGACGCACACGGAACCUUGCGCGUGGCGCUGCCUUUCUGCGGCAGCAUGCAGGAGUUGCCGAUCCUGGCCCACUUUCUGUCAACACGCUGCUCAGGCCGGCAGGGAGUGGCCAAGAUCUCCAUCCUGGCAUCAGAUGUCCAGGACUGGGCGCCGCUUGGAGGCUACUGGAAACAGAAGGAGACGUACGUGAAAAGAUGGUACCCACACAUGGACCUGAAGUUCUGCCAGCUGGAUUUGCAUGCCCUUCGGCACCCACCCUCAUCACUGACCUUUGCGUUUCAUCCGGAAUGCACAGUUCACAGAGACUUGUGGCGCCGGAUCCUGCACAACGUUAUCUCUGCCAGCGCUGUGUGUAUUGUGUGCACCUUCAACGAUGAGGAAAGGAAGGCAGGCAGUGCGGGGGGAAGAGGAGUUGGGCUUACUCUUCGCUGGAACAGCCGUACUGCAGCCGUUCAGCACCACAGGUGGUUCUUGGUGUUUGCCAAGACUUGGGCCGACAAGCUCAGUGUCAACGAAAUCCUUACUAUGCGAACUCGAUGCAAAAUGGCAGCUCAGCCGCAGACGUAG